AUGAGCCAGAAGUUGACGGGUGCUGCCGUCGCGGAGCACAAUUCCAAGGACUCCUGCUGGGUCAUUGUGCACGGCAAGGCAUAUGAUGUGACCGAGUUUCUUCCAGAACAUCCCGGUGGUCAGAAAAUCAUCCUCAAGUACGCUGGUAAGGAUGCGACCGAGGAAUUCGACCCGAUCCACCCGCCCGAUACUCUCGACAAGUUCCUCGACAAGUCCAAACACCUGGGUGAAGUAGACAUGAAUACCGUGCAGCAGGAGGAGAAGGCAUUCGACCCCGAGGAGGCGGACCGCCAGGAGCGCAUUAAGCUCAUGCCCCCGCUCGCCGCAUGCUACAACCUAAUGGACUUUGAGGCAGUCGCACGGCAGGUCAUGAAGAAGACUGCUUGGGCCUACUACUCUAGCGGCGCGGAUGAUGAAAUUACCAUGCGUGAGAAUCACGCUGCCUUCCACAAGAUCUGGUUCCGGCCCCGCAUUCUGGUCGACGUCGAGAAUAUCGACAUGUCCACCACCAUGCUCGGGACCCCUGUUUCGAUUCCAUUUUAUGUGACCGCCACCGCGCUGGGCAAGCUCGGCCACCCCGAGGGCGAAGUGGUGCUCACGAAAGCUGCGCACCAGCACGACGUGGUACAGAUGAUCCCGACUCUCGCCUCCUGCUCGUUCGAUGAGAUUGUCGAUGCCAAGCAGGGAGACCAGGUGCAGUGGCUGCAGUUGUACGUGAACAAGGAUCGCGAGAUCACCCGCAAGAUCGUCGAACAUGCCGAGAAGCGCGGGUGCAAGGGCCUCUUCAUCACCGUCGAUGCGCCUCAACUCGGCCGCCGCGAAAAGGACAUGCGAUCCAAGUUCUCCGACGCCGGUUCAAACGUUCAGUCUAACGACGACUCAGUCGACCGCUCUCAGGGCGCAGCCCGCGCCAUCUCCUCGUUCAUUGACCCGGCCCUGUCUUGGAAAGACAUUCCCUGGUUCCGAUCCAUCACGAAUAUGCCCAUUGUGCUGAAGGGUGUGCAGUGCGUCGAGGACGUACUACGCGCCGUGGAAGCCGGCGUUGACGGUGUCGUCCUUUCCAACCACGGUGGACGGCAGCUCGAGACUGCGCGCUCGGGCAUCGAAGUCUUGGCCGAGGUCAUGCCAGCACUCCGCGAGCGCGGGUGGGAGAAGCGUAUCGAAGUGUACGUGGACGGCGGCGUGCGCCGAGCCACAGAUAUCCUGAAGGCACUGUGUCUGGGAGCCAAGGGCGUCGGCAUCGGCCGGCCGUUCCUAUACGCAAUGUCGUCCUACGGGCUGGAUGGUGUCAACCGCGCCAUGCAGCUACUCAAGGAUGAAAUGGAGAUGAACAUGCGCUUGAUUGGCGCAACUCGCAUCGAGGAACUCAAUCCCAGUCUGCUGGAUACCCGCGGCUUGUUGGGCGGCCACUCCGGCGUGGCCCCGUCAGAUACACUUGCCCUCCGUGCUUAUGACCCACUCGAGGCGCCGCGUUUCAACGAGAAGGCGAAGUUGUAG